UUUUUUGUGCAGUAAUGCGGCGGCCCCUGAGAUGAAAUAGACGGAGUGGUGGACAAUUACAACAGCGGGGAGGAGAAGAGAGGAGGAGAGGAGAGGAGGAGAGGAGAAGAAGAUUUAGCCGAGAAGGGGAGAAGAAGUGUUGCAGUCGGGAUGAUAUCCGUGUCGUGGUGGAGAGGGUAAUGCCAGGGUUGUAGCAGGAGGGAGAUCAGAGUGGAGAAUUUCACGCGAGGUUGUACGAGCAACUCCACAGAGACGGGAUUUUAUUAAGCAGACGUAUCCCCCAGGCUCUCUGGCAAGGCUCAGCUUUAUAAAGCAACAAGGCAAGAGACUGCAAGCUGCAUGAUAUACUGCAUGGAACACUGCUCAACAUAAACCAGCUCCACGGGAAGUGUGUCGGCGAAGAGGAGCCAGCCCAGAGGACAACUAGGUUCCCAGUGCACUCGGGGAGCGCUUCACCGGCAGAAAUGCUGCCAAGGGAAGGAAGACUACCACAGCUUGGAUUGCUGUUCAUCUUGACCCUCGGCCAAUACGUCACCUCCAUCGAAGUCCCUCGCGACUUAAAUCUCCAGAAUCAGUUGGCUCAGCCUCCCACCAUCACCAAGCUGUCUCCAAAGGACUACAUUGUCGAUCCACGGGACAACGUAGUCAUCGACUGUGCAGGGAAGGGGAACCCAACCCCCAUAUUCUCGUGGACUCGCAAUGGAAAGUUCUUCAACGUUGCCAAAGACUCCAGGGUGUCGAUGAGGUCACGGUCGGGUACCCUGGUCAUGGACUUCCGAUACAGUGGGCGGGCCGAGGACUACGAGGGGGAGUACCAGUGCUCGGCCAGGAAUGACCACGGCACAGCCCUCUCCCACAAAAUACACCUCCAAGUCUCCAAAGCGCCGCUCUGGAGGAGAGGUAACGUGGAGCCGAUCGUGGUCCAGGAAGGAGUGUCCGUGACGCUGCCCUGCCAACCUCCCGCUGGCCUGCCCCCUCCUGUCAUCUUCUGGAUGAACAGCAACAUGGACUUGAUCCCUCAGGACACGCGGGUGUCUCAGGCGCUGAACGGCGAUCUCUACUUCUCCAACGUGAAGCGCAGCGACGCUCGCUUCGAUUACAUCUGCAACGCCCGGUUCCCCUUCACUCAAACCAUACAGCAGAAAAACCCCAUCACCAUCAAAGUGCUGACCAAGGAUACCAAUUACGAAACAUUCCCAACUAUUCUGAAUGACACUGGCGCUCGUCCGGUCAUGGAACAGACGCCCAGGUUCAUGGUUCCGUUGGGAACGUCCAGCAGCAGAAUCAUUCUCCGAGAGGAAGAUCUAUUACUGGAGUGCAUAGCAUCAGGAGUGCCCACGCCGGAAAUUAUUUGGUACAAGAAAGGGGGCGAGCUGCCCUGGCCAAAGGUGCGGAUGGAAAACUUCAACAAGACGCUGAGGAUCAUGAACGUUUCUGAGGAGAAUUCGGGCGAGUAUUUCUGCCUGGCGUCCAACAAAAUGGGGAGCAUCAGACACACCAUCACAGUGUGGGUAAAAGCUGCUCCAUACUGGUUGAACGAGCCCCAGAACCUGGUGCUGGCUCCUGGCGAAUACGGCAGACUGAUGUGCCGGGCCAAUGGCAAUCCCAAACCCAACAUCCAGUGGCUGGUUAAUGGCGAACCGGUGGAAAAGGUUCGUCAGAACCUGAACCGGGAUGUUUCCGGGGAUACGAUUAUUUUCCGAGAGGCACAGAUCGGAACCAGUGCCGUAUAUCAGUGCAACGCUUCCAAUGAGCAUGGAUACCUACUGGCCAAUGCAUUUGUCAGUGUGCUCGAUGUAGAGCCCAGGAUCUUGACCAAGCGAAACCAAAUCAUCAAGGUGAUUGAAAAUAACCGCACGCAGCUCGAGUGUCGGUUCUUCGGCGCACCAAUCCCCGUACUGCGAUGGUUUAAGGAUGGACAGGGCAACAAUCUUUAUGGAGGGAACUACAUCAUCCACGACAACGGCACUCUGGAACUGCGCCGCGCCCGCAAGGCCGAUGAGGGAAUGUACACCUGCAUCGCGACCAACAUACUGGGCAAAGCGGAGAACAAGUUGCGACUGGAGGUCAAAGAACCUACAAGGAUAAUAAAGGCUCCACAAUCGAUCACGGUGAGGAGGUCUCACGCGGCCAGAUUUGACUGUGCAGUGAGGCAUGACCCGACCAUGCGGAUGAAGGUAACCUGGCUGAAAGAUGACAAAGUUCUCUCCUUACCAUGGCGGGCGAAAGAAGAUGAGGUUUCUUUGACAAUUAUCAACGUGUCUGAGCGAGAUGAAGGCAUCUACACCUGUAUCGCCCGUACGGAUCUCGACAGAGACUCGGCUAAAGCACGCCUCACGGUUCUAGUUGUCCCCUCCACCCACAUUAUCCCGCUUGCUGCUGUGCUUAAAGACCGCCCUGCGCCUCCUCGAGACCUGGAACUAACGGACCCAGAAGAUCGCAGCAUUAGGUUGACCUGGAUUCCUGGCGAUGACAACAACAGCCCAAUCACAGAGUUCAUCGUGCAGUACGAAGAAAACAGGUUAGAGCCCAGAAAGUGGCACAAUUUAACCAGGAUCCCGGGGAACAUCAACUCUGCAGUGUUGCAGCUCGCUCCGUACGUCAACUACCAGUUCCGGGUCAUCGCUGUGAACGAAGUGGGCGAAGGUGCCCCUAGUCUCCCCUCUGAACGUUAUCAGACGACCGGAGCAGCUCCUGAGAUGAAUCCCACUGAUGUUCGAGGGGCGGGAAUAUCGGAAUCCAGCAUGCAGAUCAGUUGGACACCGCUGUCUGCUACCCAGGUCAGUGAUCUCAACGUCAGGUACAUCGUCAGCUGGAGGCAGCGGGACGUGGGCGGGGAAUGGUCAACGGUCACGGUGACCAGGUCCAGUUACCUCGUCUCUCCGACACCCCUCUUCACCCCCUACGAGGUCAAAGUGCAGGUGGUGAACGAUUUUGGCCCGGGUCCCGAGCCAGACGUCAUCAUCGGAUACUCAGGCGAAGAAUAUCCAAACGCGGCCCCGACGAGCUUAUCCGGGAGACACGUCAACAGCACGGCCAUUUUGUUGCAGUGGAGGGCAGUACCACAAGAAAAUAUCCGGGGAUAUCUCAUCGGCUAUCGAAUUCAGUACUGGAACGAGGGUAGCCUGCUGAAGACCAGCCGGUACAAGUCGCGCAUGAAGGUGAUGGACUCCCAGAGCCGGCGUUCGCGUGCCGUGGUAUCGGAACUGCAACCGUACAGCAUCUACAAGUUCCAAGCGGCCGCCGUCAACGGCAGGGGUGCCGGCGGCUGGAGUGAGGUGUUUGCCAUGAACACCACGGAGGGAGUACCUGGGAAACCAGAUUCCCUCAGGAUUCGACAACCGGAUCUGGAAUCGAUUACGUUGCAAUGGACUCCCCCCCGCCAGCCUAAUGGGAUCAUCACGGGCUACACCAUACUCUACCACCGAUUAACUGGCUCCCGGGCAAGGCGCAAUUCCACAAUUCCCAGACUUCCGCCCGACGAGACCACCUACAAGUUGGAACGUGUCGACGCGAACACCAAGUACAGGUUCUACGUCUUUGCCCAAACCCGCCAGGGGUUCGGAGAGCCCAUCGUCUUGGACUCGCCCGACUUCCAAAACGAAGUCACCCCUACCGCUGAGAUUGCAAUUACAGAUGGAGUCGUCUCAAGAUACGUUCCCGUCCCAACCGUCCCUGACGAACCCAGCAUCAUAACAGACGCCACCACCACCACCACCACCAGUGCCGCGCCCCCGGUCACCACCAUCACCGAGUUCGCCCAGCCAGCCGUCACCGCCACUCGUGUAUAUGUGGAAGCUCCCGGUAGGAUAUCGAACCUAACCACAUCAGCGGGCAAUGACUCCAUCAAUGUCACCUGGACUCACACCUUCCCCAUCGACUUGGCUGAGUUUACGGUUGAAUUCAUACACAGUAACGGCACGGUGAAACGGGAGCAGGUGAAGGUCGGCCAGAACUCUGCCCGGAUCCUGGGCCUGACGCCCGGCACCGUGUACAAAGUCAGGGUGUUCUCCGCCCUCUUCCAGUCGGUCACCAGCAACGUCACCGUCACCGAGACCAGCCCAGCUUUCACCAACAGUCACGCGGACAUCGCCACUCAGGGCUGGUUCAUCGGCCUGAUGUGUGCGGUGGCUCUGCUGGUACUCAUCCUCUUGAUCGUCUGCUUCAUCAAGAGGAGUAAAGGAGGCAAGUAUCCAGUUAAGACGACGGAAGAGAACCGGCCUUCACAAGAUGACAAUGGAUACUUACCCGGGCUGGACAAAAGGUCUUUGGAAAGCGACAACGAGGACAGCAAGAAGCCGCAGGGCAGCCAGUCCUCGGUGGACGGGACGGUGAAGCAGGAGGAGAGCGACGACAGCAUCGUCAUCUACGGCGACGGCGAAGAUAACUCGCGCUUCGGCGAGGACGGCUCGUUCAUCGGCCAGUACACCGUGAAAAAGGACAAAGAGGAGACGGAGGGCAACGACAGCUCGGAGGCCACGUCCCCGGUCAACCCCGCCUACGCCCUGGCGCGCAUGUGAGAACGGAGACCGAGAGAGAGAGCGAGAGAGAGAGAGAUAGAUGAGGGCGGAGCAAAUGGACACCGUUGCUACCAAGGCAGUAAAUGCAUUUGAUUUAACUACCCACGGUUGCACACAUGGAAUAAAAAACACAAAAUUGGAAAGGCCAGACAGCGAAAAAGGCCAGAGACACGAGACACCACGUGAAUCGGACAGGAGAGAAUGAAGGAGAUGCAUUUAUGGACAAGAUUGGGCUUUGGAAAAACGUAACCACAUUUAAUUACUCAAUAAUCACACCCUCACGAGUAUGAUAUACCAGUUUUUCCCCCACCCCUCCACUUUAGAUUGCAAGUAACACCAAUUUGGGGCGAUUUGUAACACUCUGUGUAGAUGUUGCCAGCUAGCACCUUGCCAAUCAAUCAAUGUCCAGUUAUAAGCUAUGGCCUUUUAUUUCAUACACCACCAGGCCACUGCUCCACAUCCCUAUAAGGAUUGUUAUCCUUAUGCUGUUUCUGACAGUGAACCUAUGCUGGGAUAUUGCAACUGAAGAUGACGCAAGGAGUCAAGUCUCUCUGUUCACUGAAUCCCCCACCUCCUGCCGCCAUCUCUUGUUAUAGAUUAGAUGCUUCUUCAAAAAAAAACCCCAAAGGUUUCGGCCGAGAGAAAUUUGAGCCAAUUUGGAGCAAUUUUUAAUAAGAGCAGCUGAAGUUCCCAUGUCACCGGCUCGCAUGGAACUGCUUAAGUAUGGUACACCCCAAUAGAUUAUUCCUUGCAGGCAUCAUUUAUCAGGUCGAGCUUUAGGGAGGACAAUUAAUGAAGGAAAUUUAUUUUUUAGUCCUUGCUAUUGUUGGCGGGGCAUUGUCGAUCAGCCCAGAGCUACCUUCCCCACAAUCAGUAAA